AUGAACCAAUUAUUAGAAAAGAAUACGAGGCGAAGUGGAGAAAAAGAAGAAGAAGAGGAUCGAGGAACUUUGAGUGAUCACACAUAUAAAGAAUCACAGUCGAUAAAUAGUUCUCCCACCAAGCCAUUGAAGUUCCCAGCAUCAGUACCGGCACCAUCAACUAAAGUAUCUUCACCAUCAGAUCCAAAUUCGAGCUCAGACACAUAUACCAGUGAUCAAGACCAGCAACAGCAGCAACAACAACAGCAACAAAAACAACAACAUCAACAGGGUGAUAUUCCAGAUUUGAAAACAUCUUUGGGUCUCAACUUUGACUUUGACGAUUCAAUGGAGGCUCAGAAUACAAUUGCCAAAUGGGGACAAUUUGAACAGCCUGGAAUUGAAAAAACAGUGGUGGGCAAGCCACCUGCUACUGCCACCGAUGCUCAAAAUGAUACGAAUUUCGAGCAUGCAUCUCCUCCUGUAGAUGAAUUUUCUUUUAAAACUCCCAUGACCUCAAUAGUUGACUUGACUACGAAAUCUACAUACAUCAAUAACUCACCAAGCAAGUCUAUUCUACGCAAAACGCCCAGCUCAUCACCAAAGAAAGUGGCUUUUACAGCUUCAAAUCCAGAAAUCCACCAUUACCCUGAUGGAAAGAAUAAGAAUGGGAUAUUUGAUGACACAAGUGAUUCGGACGAGAACACGAACAUGGACAAUAUCAAUAAUGGUUUUGCUUUGCAAGUUCCACUUUAUCAUCAGUGGACUAAGCCACUGAUACCUUCUGAAGAUGAAACAUUUACGCCGCCACCACCACUUCCACCCCAUACUAGCAAAAUGUCAUUUACAGAAUUAUUGCAGAGGAGAGAUAGUUUAGAAGAUGAUUAUUCCCCAAGCAAAUCUUACUCUAAUCAAAACUUGCAAAGUCAUCGUGAACAACAACAACAACAUCAUCAUCAUCAUCAUCAGCUGCUUGAUCCAUCACCAAGCUUUCAAAGUGAAGGAGAUGGCCUCGAUAUGCAUUUGGAAGAACUUGCCGCGGCUAAAAAGUCAAAGACAAAUGAAAGUAUACACCUGCUAUCAUUCGCUUUACAAACUCCCAACCCCAAUAUUGAAAACCCAUUAGAGUCAUUGCAAAGAUUAUCGGAUGAAGAAGAGGACCACUUGAGGUCGUCUGGGUCGUCUCAAUCUUCUUUACAGUCGUUACGUGACGACAAUCGUGGCUUGAGCUCGGUUCCUGGUUCUCCAACCAAGAGAAAUAGGGGAUUGUCAUUAAACGAUGGUGUACGAGGCGUAUCCGAUGCUGUUAUUGAAUCGCUUCUUCCACGCGAUGAGUCUAUAGACGAUUUACCUCCACGUGCAACAGCACAAGCACCGGAAUAUGGAUUAGGAUUAUCUUCGAGAAGACUCUCUAGUAUCCAGAUAGAGGAACAAGAAAAUAUGGACUCGUUUGAUAGGUCAUACAACACAACUGAGCAAUCGAUACUCAAACUAUUGAAUAGUGCCAGUGCAUCUCAAAUGACUCUUGAGCCGCAGCAACAACAACAAGAACAACCACAAGAAGAACCACAAGAAGACUCGCAAGAGCAGCGCAUCAAGGUUAAGGUAGAACAACUGUAUGAUGACAGCGAGCAAGAAGAUAUUGAACACGAUCAAUACGUUUCCAAACAAGUUGUCCCUUCGACUCCACCGCUGGAAGUAAUUAGUAAAGUUAAAAUCGAGCGUGAUCCUAAAAGCGUCGAGCCCAAGAUAAUCUCCUCAUUUGUUGAAACGCGCGUUAUCAAAUCCGAAUCCAAACUUCAUAUUUCUAAAAUCACGGGUCUUACUCCUCAGGAGGAAGUAGACCAAGAAUUAGCACGUUUAGGACUUGCAGGAGGCAAGGGAAAGCAUUCAUAUGGAGAAGAGGGAGAAGAGGAAGUUGAAGAAAAAGAUGAUGACGAGGAAACCGAAAUCACUGAGGAUGACAAUUUGCAUCAAGAAGAGUCUAGAAUGUCUAUCAGAUUCCACAAUGAUAGUGAUUGGAAGCUUGAGGAUAGUCAUGAUGGCGAUAGAGAAGAUAAUGAUGAUACAAGCUAUAAGUUUGAAGACAGGUCGGAUUUGGUGGUAGAAGAGAAAGAAUCCGGAAAGGAAGAGGAACAAAACCACGAAGAAGACCACAAAGUAGUGCACGAUGAACUGGAACAUGAGGAACAAGAGGAGCAUGAAGAGUUUAAUGAUGCUUCUCAAGAAAUCUUUACAGCCACUGCGGUCAAGAUUAAUUUUGUUGAUGGUGGAGGCGAAAGAGUUUCUGAGGUUGCUUCAGAGGCAAAAGAGGUACAUGACUCAAAAGAGCCGGAACUAGAAACCAAUGUGGUACACGAGACUGAACCAAUGCAUGGUGCUCGAUUAGAGAUUGAGAAUGAGAAUCUGACUUCUGAAAAAGAUGAUGUGUUGGCAAACUCCUCCAAUAUCGGCGUACCAACUACAGAGGAUAUCACCUUACCGCCAGUUGAAACCAAUAACUAUUCCUCUUUUGACGAAGUGACCAGAAAUCUUGAGAGUUCAGACUUUGAACAAUCGUUAUCGGCAGAACACGAUCCUGAAAAGGGCAAGCUUGAUAACUUUAUCUCCAUUUGGCACCAGCAAGAAAAACAGAAAAAGAGACAGAUUCAUAAAGUACCCACGACGCAACUCAUUGCUGCAUACCAAGAAGAAAAAGAAUUAGAGAAAGAGAAGGAAGAAGCCAGAAGGAAACAACUGAAGAACAUGUCUACAAAUAACGUUAGAGUGCCCAGUCAUUUGAAUACCAAGAAAUUCAAAGAGAUCAAUGUCAUGUCAAGACGAGUUGUUAGUCCCGACUUCAAUGACUUGCAUGUAUCUUCAUUCUUACCCGAAUUAUCGCAGGAUUCUGGAUUUAAAGAUUUACAAUUUUCCAGUUAUUCAAAUAAUGACGCGAGAAGGAAAAGCAGUGGCUCAUAUAUCAAUACCCAUUCCGUGCUUUCUAGUUUAAAUGACCCAAAAGUGGUGGAACCACCCCAGGCAAGAACCUACAGUGAGAUCCGCCAUUCAAAAACAAUGAGCUCCAGGCCAUGGAUGCACCAGAAACACUUGCAACAACAACAACUGCAACAACUGCAAUUGCAACAGCAACAGCAGCAGCAACAACAACAACAACAACAACAACAACAACAACAACAACAACAACAACAACAACAACAACAACAACAACAACAACAACAACAACAACAACAACAACAACAACAACAACAACAACAACAACGAAUUUUAACUCCUCAAUCAGAGAAUGCGCAAAACUCGACUCUACAAACAGCCAGGAAAUCCAGGUUUAGAGUUCCAACUUUCGAGAUCAAGAGGUCUUCAUCAAUUCUCUCACCAAGUAAUAUGUACAAUGACAUAUUCGAUGAUGUUGUACCUCAAAAACGACCUACUAUUCGUGCCGAGGGAAUGAAGACGUUGCCAAGUAUGGAUAGAGACGAUGUUCGCCGUAUUCUCAGCACUAAAAAGGGUAUGUCUCAGGAAGAAUACACCAAUGCCAAGCUUGUUGAAAGAAUGCCAAACAAAAUGCCAGUAGAAACCACGUUGCACGACUCAUUUGACCAAUUACAACAAGCAGCAUCUAUCCAUGAUGCUGAAACCGAAGCAUCCAGCUUGAGACAACCUUCUGUUGGUAAGAGGCGUAGUAUAAGUGCUGGAAGCGAUGUGUUGCCAUAUAUUGCUGACGAGUUGAAAAAGUCGCCAAAAACGUUACUUUCAAAAGAUCAAGGAACCAAUCGUUUAUUGCCUACUACUCCACUUGGUCAGACCAAGAAUCCUUCUGCUCCUAUGAGUCACUCUACUCAUGCUCCACCUGUAGCAAUCACGAAUACAAACACAAACACAACCACAAACGCAAACACAAAUGGCAAUAUCGUUACCGACAAUACUUUGCCAGAGCCAGAUUUUGACUUGGACAAUAACUUUACCAAGUUUACGACACCAACACUGGGUAUAAGCGCAGCUGAUUUGAAUAUGCUAGACAAGUUGGACAUGGAGUCUGUGUUGCAGCCAAAGGAAGUCGACGUUCCAGAUAAGUCACCGAUGAUGCAGGUACAGCCUCAAAAACAGACUCAAACACCUACACAAGAAGGACAGCAAAUUCCAUUCACGCCACAAUUGCAGAGCCCUGUCGCUACCGAGCCUUCGUCGCCUAUAAAAGCAACUACUCCUUCUCGAAAAUCAUCACCAAGGAAAAGCCCCAUCAAAAUUGGAUCGCCAGUGAGAGUAAUUCGAAAGGAUGGAUCUAUUACCGGAAUCGAAUCUCCCGUAAGGUAUAAUGCAUUGAAUGAUGAACCGAAAAAAUCACUCAACUCACAGCAGAAUUUGUUUACUGGAGAAGAGCUAGCUCAUGCCAAGGUGAGGGGAGAAAACAAUUUUGUUCAAUAUCCAGUUGUUCAGGAACCAGUGAAGAAGCAAAAUGCUGAGACUAAGCAGCCUAUAGUGACCCCAGAAGAAAACAUUCGCAAGAGUAGCAAAGAGGUCAAGAACAGUGAAAGAGGUAAACUCUUUUUCAGAGUUGUUGGUUUGAAAAAUAUCAACUUGCCAGAUUUGAGGACCCAAAAGGGUACAUUUUCCAUGGCAUUGGACAAUGGAGUGCACUGUGUUAAAACGCCAGAGUAUGACUUGAACAAACCACAGGUUGAUAUUGGAAAGGAGUUUGAACUCACCGUCAGUGACUCGUUGCAAUUCAUCAUUACCAUGAAAGCUAACUAUACAAAACCCAAGGGUACAUUGGUUGAAGUACGUGAAAGAAAAGUUGUCAAGUCACGCAACCGGUUCAGUAGAUUAUUUGGAUCAAAAGAUAUAAUCACUACAACGAGAUAUGUUCCUAGUGAAGUGCAUGAUAGUUGGGCUAAUAAAUUAGCAAGGGAUGGAUCUUUUGCUCGAUGCUAUGUUGACUUGGAGCAAUUUGAGAAGCAAAUUACCGGCCGUGUUUUUAGAUACGACUUGAACUGUUUCAAUGAAUGGGAGACGGUUAAAGACCCUAAUAGUCAUGCCACAACACAACGCAAACCUUACAAGAUUGCUCAAUUGGAGGUUGAGAUGCUUUUUGUGCCCAGAAGCGAUCCUCGUGAGAUACUUCCUACUAGCAUCAAAUCUGCAUACUAUACAAUCGAUGAGUUGAGAAAGGAAAUGAAUGUUGAAUACGAAGGCUUUUUACACCAGGAAGGUGGCGAUUGUGAAAUUUGGAAGAAGAGAUGGUUUAAAUUGCUGGGUACUUCUUUGAUAGCGCACCUGGAGUACAGCCGCAAAACAAGAGCCAAGAUUAAUCUUAGCAAAGUUGUUGAUGUGAUGUACGUGGAUAAGGAGAAUUUGGCAAUCUCCAAACACAGAAACUUUAGUGAUGCGCUCUUGGUUGAGCACAGUUUCAAAAUCAAGUUUGCCAAUGGUGAGAUUAUUGAAUUUGGUGCACCAAAUCAAAAAGAGAUGAAGAGAUGGGUCGAGAUUUUGGAAAAUAUAGUGUACAGAAAUAGUUUUAGACGACAGGCAUGGGUGGUUCUCAUGAUGAAUAACCAAGUAGCCUAA